UUGAAGGCAUCCUGACCUUUUACCGCCACACCGACGGUCGGUCACCGGGACCGUCAUGUGUUCACGGCAGCGCGUGUGAGUCUCAGCCCCGCUGCUCAGUGAGUCGGCUGUCACAGAUUACCGGACCCGUUAACCGGUUAGAGGAGGUGCUAGCAGGUUAGCUAGCGGUCCGAGCGGCGGAGUUAGCAUCUAGCAGCUAACAGAAGAUGGAGGAGUUUCUGUCGGGCUGCCGACGGGCCGUGAAGGUGAACGCAGACCAGGCGGGUCCAGGGUUCCACGUGGUUCUGGGGAACGAAGCCUGCGACGUGGACUCCAUGGUGUGUGCGCUGACCUACGCCUACUUCCUGUCCAAGACUGCACAGGGUGAGAUGCUCGCUCUCCCUCUGCUGAACAUCCGUCAGUCAGAGCUGCUGCUGCGUUCGGAUAACGUCUUCCUGCUGCGGCAGGUCGCUUUGUCUCCAGAUCUUCUGCUGUUCAGGGACCAGCUGGACCUGCGAGCGCUGCAGCGAGCCGGCCGCCUGCGGCUGACGCUGGUCGACCACAACAUCCUGCCCAGUUCAGACAGCGACCUGGAGGGGGCGGUGGUGGAAGUGAUCGACCAUCACCUGCUGGAGAGAGAGCCCUCCUCCUCCUGUACUGUUACCGUGGAGACGGUCGGAUCCUGCGCCACUUUGGUGACCGAACGCAUCAUCCAGAAAGCUCCGGAAAUCCUGGACCAGCAGGUCGCUCAGCUGCUCUACGCGGCGGUGGUGUUGGACUGCGUGAACAUGGCGCCCUCUGCAGGCAAAGUGACUCCUAAAGACAGCCAGUUCGCUGCAGCGUUGGAGAUCCGCUUCCCCUCCCUGCCACCGAGGGGCGCUCUCUUCCAGACGCUGCACAACGCCAAGUUUGACGUCUCAGGUCUGAACACAGAACAGAUGUUGUUGAAGGACAUGAAAGCUGCUUCAGGAAGUUUGAAUCUGGCUGUCUCUGUUCUCUACAUCAAACUGGAGGUCAGUCAGUACUACACACUGUACUACACUGUACUCUACACUGUACUACACUGUACUCUACA